AUGGCAAUCUCACCGGAGAGUAGCAUGAAACUGCUUGAAGAUGCAAGCCAUGUAUCUCCUCCACCGUCUUCCGUCCCCACAACCACCCUUCCUCUCACCUUCUCCGAUAGAAUAUUCCUUGGUUUUCCGGGAAGUUGGAUGCAAUACCUAUUUUUCUACUAUUUCCAAUACCCCACUUCGCAUUUCAUGGAAACCACCCUCCCCAAACUCAAAGCAUCUCUCUCCCUCACUCUCCAACAUUUCUUCCCUUUCGCCGGCAACCUUGUGUUCCCUCCGCUUCCUCAAAUGCCGUAUAUUCUCUAUACCGAAGGCGACUCCGUUUCGUUUAUAGUCUAUGAAUCGUCGGAAGAUUUUAAUCAUUUUAUCGGCGAUCAUGCACGACACGCUCAGGAUUUUCAACCUCUCUUCCCCAAAUCGCCGCCUGAGGUUGAAAGUAAGUCGAGUGGCUGCACGCAGAAGCCCAACAUGGCUAUUCAAGUCGCUGUAUUUCCCGACGUAGGCAUUUCCAUAGGUGUUGGUUUCUCCCAUGUUCUUGGUGAUGGAAGAACAGAUGCUCAUUUCAUGAAAUCAUGGGCAGCCAUUCACAAGUCUCAAGGGGAUUUAACUUGUUUUACAAAUUGUUUUCCUACUUUCGACAGGGAUUUGGUUAACGAUCCUUCAGGGCGAGCGUCCGGGCUUUUCAUGAAGAACGAAAGAGUAUUCCAGGGCUCAUCUUCAACCUCCAGCGUCUUCUUCAACAACGUCCGAGUCACUUGUAAAAUCAAACGAUCCCAGGUUGAAUUACUGAAAUCUUGGGUGAAGAAAACGUGCAUGGAAGUGUACGGAUCGGAGCCGAUAAGGAUGUCGACAUUCGUGGUAACAUGUGCUUACACAUGGGUUUGUUUGACCAAACUACAACAAAUUGGAACUCAUCAGAACCCGUCACCAGAUGAUUUCGACGCGGUUUCUUAUUUCCACUUCCCGGUGGAUUGCAGAGGCCACCUGAAAUUACCCGAAACAUACUUCGGCAACUGCGUUUUACUACGCAUGACGGCGGCGAAGAAGAGUGAGUUGUUAGGAGAAAAUGGGAUUCUGGUGGCUGCAACCGUAAUCGGAAGAGAAAUCAUGGAGUUCCAGGAACAGCCAUUCAAGGAUGCAGAAACGUCUUGGGCAAAAGUAGUUGAGAUAAUCAAAAUGAUCAAAGAUAGCAUCUUUGUUACCUCAUCGCCGAAAUUUGGAGUGUAUACGUCGGAUUUUGGGUGGGGAAGACCGAAAAAGAUCGAGUUCGGUAACAUUGCAUCGUUUGGGUCUGUUUCUUCUUUCUCAAUUUCAGAGAACAGUGAAGAGGAAGGCGGAGUUGAAUUUGGCAUCGCACUUCCUCCACAUGAAUCAGAUAGCUUCAACACCAUUUUCCACCGAGGCUUGUUAAAGCUAUCCUAA